AUGCUCACAAAACGCGCGGAGUUCGCUCCUGCCCAGGCCAGCAGUCUAGACAAUGACACGUUGAAUUUUAUCCAAUGCCUGGUUGUGUUAAACAGUAAUUGCGGCCGACAUCGACCAAAAGAAGAUAUACAUAAAAUCCAAAUUAUUGUCGGCGAUUCUAGUCAUGAUCCUUAUGUUGUAGCUGUGUAUCGUCCACGACGUUUAGAAUAUGAUAUUAAGAACAUUGGAGUCAAGGUGAUGUUCUACAGUGAUCGUCGUAGACGUGGACAGAAGGACAAUAUUCAGUUACGGCGAAACACGACGCAAAAGUUGCCAUCGACAUUCGUGUUCGCUGUCCGCGGUUACAUUGAGUUGGCACCAACUGUCAAAGCUGAUAUGGUCUUCCUCAUCCUGCUAAGAAGAGGAGAAAGAGGCACUUGCCUUCCGUAUUUCGAGAUAUUUUCCUGGCCACCACCAAUGUUUGAGGAUUUGUGGAGAUCGAGGGAAGCUACCAGAGGUCAGAGGCUUUCUGCGGAUUCGGCGACAGCACUACACUACAGUAUGUCCGCGAGAACUAGCAACAAAAGUGACUUUAUUGUAGAACCUUCUUACUGCCGUUUUCCUGAUCUUUGCUCUGUCAUAACCUUCUUGUCCUAA